UUUGACGGCGACGCACAAGGUACAGAGUUACUGAUGAAGCAGCCAGUCCAGCUUCGAGUUGCCCCGCUACAUAAACCGCACUUAAAUCGACCCGGGAGAGGAACAGAACAGAGUGGACAGAGUCCAGGGAAACUGGAAGAAGAAUCUGGAUUUGAACGGAAAGAGAACCAUCAUAUUAAAUAAUCACAAGAGAAUCCGCGAUUCAAAACAGGCAUCGGGGACACCCGUUCUAGAUUUGCGCGAGUGUUGGACAGCUGCAUCCGACUUCAACUUCUUUGUCGGGUUCUGUAAAUAAUUGUCAACAAACUUGGACCCGUUAUUUAACCUUCAACCGUUUUCCGUUUCUCUGGGCUUUAUUCUGUCAAUUUUAAGCCUGUUACACAAAGCAGUUCAGUAAAUGACUGACAUAUUACGGUUAAAGUCACUAUGCGUGCUUUGUGAGCUGGCUUCUGGUGCAGUGACACCAACAUGCCACUUCCAUAAAGCUGGUUGUUAGGAAAUUACUUUUUAUCGGCUAAUCCUGAUACGGAAUUGUGAGUAAAAUUGGGACACGCCCGCAAGUAAUAAUAGGCAACCUAAGCGUUUUAGAAAUCUUGGCAACAGUGCCAGACUUCUCUGAUCCCCCUCCUGGGACUGUGGUCAAUUCAAACAGAACUGUGGAGAAGACUUGUAGUUUGGCAGUCAAAAGGACAACCUUUCGAACAGCUGCAACACCUCUGGCUACUCGAGUGAACCUUUGUUUCUGGAAGCGAUACUGACGGAGUUGAUGAAUGUCAUUGUCUGUAUUGAUGUCCUCGCCAUAGCAAAUGUAAAAUUAGUUCCUCUUAACAUUUAUAGUAUUUCUGAGGAACUCCUUGGAAGGUGACCAACAUAAACUAUUCUUAACAACUUGAAGCACGUCUUUGUACCCAGUGGCACAGUGGACAAUUGGACAAGGUAUCCAUUUCCUUGUCCGGGGUUUUGGCAAGCCAAGAGUAGGCUAUGGCAUCCUCAUGGGAAAACUGGAUUUGCUUACUCUGGAGACGGACGUUAGUUCCCUCUCUCCUCGUGCUUUGGGUCACCUGUCUCGGGACACACGGAGGAGAGGAUGACGCUUUUAAUGCAGAGUCAUGGCUGCGGAUGUAUGGCUACCUACCUCAGGCCAGCAGACAGAUGUCCACCAUGCGGUCAGCUCACAUCCUUUCCAAUGCCGUCAGCGACAUGCAGCGUUUCUACGGUCUGGCGGUCACCGGCGCCAUGGACCACGGCACGGUGACAGCCAUGCGGAGACCGCGGUGUGGAGUCCCAGACAAGUUUGGGGGUCAGAUCAAGACCAACGUUCGGCGCAAACGUUAUGCACUCACUGGCCACAAAUGGAACAAGAGCCACCUCACCUACAGUAUACAGAACUACACACCAAAGAUCGGGGAGUACAACUCGUAUGAGGCCAUCCGUAGGGCCUUCAAGGUGUGGCAGAAGGUGACCCCGCUGACCUUCGAUGAGAUCCCCUACCAGGAGAUCAAAUAUGGCCGCAGGAAGGAGCCUGACAUCAUGAUCUUCUUUGCCUCGGGUUUCCAUGGAGACAGCUCACCCUUCGAUGGCGAGGGCGGGUUCCUGGCCCACGCCUACUUCCCUGGUCCUGGUAUGGGUGGUGAUACUCACUUUGACUCUGAUGAGCCGUGGACCAUCGGCAAUGGGAACUUGCAAGGUAAUGAUUUGUUCCUUGUUGCGGUACAUGAGCUGGGCCAUGCCCUGGGCCUGGAACACUCCAACAACCCAAUGGCCAUCAUGGCUCCUUUCUACCAGUGGAUGGAAACGGAUGACUUUCAAUUGCCUGAGGAUGACCUCAGAGGAAUACAACAGAUCUAUGGUCAGCCAGGCGGUACACCCACCCAGGCUCUUCCCACUGUCACUCCUCGCCGGCCAGCCCAGCCAGACCCCAAACCCCCCAACGCUCCACCCAACUCUCCCCCCAACUCUCCCCCCAAGUCACCCCCCAACUCUCCUCCCAACACUCCCCCCAGAUCUCCCCCUAACUCUCCCCCCAACGCCCCACCCCGGAGGCCAGACAAGCCCCGCACGACUGACCGCCCAGACCACUACGGCCCAAACAUCUGUGAAGGAAACUUCGACACGGUCACCAUGCUCAGGGGAGAGAUGUUUGUGUUCAAGGGUCGCUGGUUCUGGAGGGUGCGGAGGAACAGGGUCCUGGACAACUACCCAAUGCCCAUUGGUCACUUCUGGAGGGGACUGCCUGGGGACAUCGAUGCAGCCUACGAGAGACACGAUGGGAAAUUUGUCUUCUUUAAAGGGAAUAAGUACUGGUUGUUCCGGGAGGCAAACCUGGAGCCUGGUUACCCCCAGGAGCUGACAGACUACGGCAGGGACAUCCCCUAUGACAAGAUAGAGACAGCCAUCUGGUGGGAACCAUCAGGUUUCACAUACUUCUUCAAAGGAGACUGGUACUGGCGCUUUAACGAACAGUCCCGUGCGGUAGACAAGGACUACCCCAAGCCAAUCAGUGUGUGGGGCUCUGCGGUCCCGUCCUCUCCCAAGGGGGCUUUCCUCAGCGAUGAUGGAGCUUAUACGUAUUUCUACAAGGGAUCCAAGUACUGGAAGUUUGACAACCACCGGAUGAAGAGUGAGCCGGGCUACCCGAAGUCCAUCCUGAGGGACUUCAUGGGCUGCAGUGUGGACCUGGACCCAGACAGAGACAGGGACACCGACGCGGGCCGCAAGGUCCCCGACGUGGAUCGCCCGCCCUUCAACCCUGACGCAGGCCGGGACAAGGAGAAGGACAAGGAGCGGGACAAGGAUCAGGACCGUACCAACGAUGUAGACUAUAAGGACGAGAGAGAAGAGGAGACCAACGAGGUGGACGUGGUGCUGAAGAUCGACGAGAGCGAGACGCGCACUAUGAACAUCAUCAUGGUGACAGUACCUCUGGUCCUGGUGCUGUGCAUCCUGGGACUGAUCUACGCCAUCAUCAACACACUGAAGAGGAAAGGAACUCCCAAACUUCUGGUCCACUGCAAACGCUCCAUGCAGGACUGGGUGUGACCUCUGACCCACUUAAUAACCCCCCCCCCCCACAACCUGAACCCUACCCUCAUUCCUCUAUCUUCUCAUCCAAAACAUGCUAGUAGAGACAUAUGUGCAAAUACAUACACGCACACGCACACGCACGCACACGCACACACACACACACAAACACACACACACACACACACACACACACACACACACACACACACACACACACACACACACACACACACACACACACACACACACACACACACACACACACACAACAAACAUAAACACAUACACCUAACUUGUUCCCCUCCCAUGGUGCUCUACCCAAUGAGUUGACAGUAGUCUAUUUAUAUCAGAACGUUUGCACAUUGUUUUUUGUUUUUGUUUGGUUCAUGUUGUGUGUGAGUCUUUUUUUCUAAACCAGGAAGUGUCUGCAUUAUUCUCUCUCUCUCUCUCUCUGCCCGUUACAGCGGGUUUCUCUGAGAUAACUUCCAUCUGGUCCUUGGAUUAGCCUUUGAAAGGCAAACAGAGACAAAACAGAGCGAUAGAGAGAGAGACUGCAGCACAGAAUGGAGGGAGUGAAGGAUGGUUUGAUUCUGUGAAAAGCAGAGAGCCCCCCCCCUCCCUCCCUCUCCCACCCCUCCCUCCCACCUCCUCCCUCACUCAGGACUCCUUCAGCUGAAGCAGGCCUACUGCACGUCAGGUAUCAACAGGAGAGAGAUCAGUGUAAAUAGUGUCACUUUUGAACUGCAACUCACCCAAUGCCUUUUAUUACUAGACCUUCCAUGUUGAACAGCCACUAACUUAACUUUUGGUUUUCUCAUCUGUUUUUAAUUCAAGGGCACCAUGGAUGAUAUUGGAAAUCUUGUCCAUACUUUAUAGACAACUUUCACAAAUGUUUGGCUUAUUCAACCAAACAUGGUCCCGUGGUGCCUUUUUCAUUUCUAACCUUGUUUCGGUCCUAUUAACCAUGGCAAUGAGAGUUUGAGUUGUUAUGAUAGGGAAGGGUUGGAAAAGAAAGGUGCUUGUUUCCUUUUUUUAUUUUUUUUAAGACAAAGGCAAUUCACUGUGAAAUGACUCUGUGUGGGACUUGGAGGAGCAGUUGAGGUACCGAGGUAGGAGAGAGACAGGUGGUAUUGAACGAAUAUUCACUGGGCAAAAACGAAUUGAAUCAAUGUUGUUUUCACAUCAUUUCAAUGUGAGGAUGUUGAAUCAAUGUGCAACUCCAAAAUUGGAUUUGCAAAAAGUCACCAACGUAAGGGAAUCAAAUUUUCCCACCAAACUUUUAACCUAAACCCAGCUAGCGCAUUUGGUUCCUUGGAAGUUGUGGGAACAGAAGUUUUUGGUUAUCCAUUGGUUCUGGGAAAGAAGCCAUACAUUUCCUGAAUAGUAAAACGGAAUGUCUUUUAAACGUUCUGAGAAUGGAAGUGAACAUUUUGCCUGUUCUGGGAACGUUCAUUUGUAGGUUGCAGGGAGGUUGUGAGAACGUUUUACUAUGGUUCCCUGAAAGUUUUCCUGUGACGUUUUAUUAAUGUUCUGAGGUGGAAAUUAUAGGUUAUUUGAAGGUAAUUAAAUAAAGUUCUGGGAAUAAGACUUUUAAUACUACUGCUAGCUUAGGUUAACUGUUAUGAACUCCAAGCACAGAUAGGACACAUGGAAAUUCACCUUCUUAGGAACUUAUGAUAUUCUGCUCUCUCUCCAUGGACUUAGUCCAUUGAUGCUGAGAACAGAAUGUAUGUUUUUAAAUAACAUUCUUAGAACGUUCUUUAAACGUUACUAAUGUUUUAUUGUGGGAUUUUAUGGAACAUUUUAUGAAUGUUUCUGAGAAAAUGACUUUCAAUAGAACCAUGAGGAAACCUGCAGAAAACUUUAUGCUGAAGUACUGAAAUUCCCACGGAAGAACGUUGUUUCUUAACGUUCUCUGGACGUUCUGAGAACAUAACUUUAAAUAGAACCAUGAGAAAACCUGUAGAAAAAGUAUUCUGAAGUACCGAAAUUCCCACAGAAGAACUUUGUUUCUUAACGUUCUCUGAACAAUUGGAGAACAUUACUUUAAAUAGAACCAUGAGGAAACCUAUAGGAAACAGUACUGACAUUCCAACCUAAGAAAUAUAUGGUUCUCAGAACUUUAUGUGCUAGCUGGGUACCCUGCACCAUUCCCAGAACAUUGUGGGAAGGUUUUAUUCAAAAUAACCAUAGGACAACCACGCUCU